UUUAAAUUGAAAGCCACAUCUGGCUCAGUCGCCCACAUUUCUUCGUCUUCCCUUGUAAAAUAUCUUGCAAUUUCUCCUCAAUCCCACAAAAAAUUGAAGCUUUGAGCUCGAAUAAGGACCCUGUUUUUUUGUAUCCAAUUCUAUGGCAGCUGCUUCGUUGCUUGAACCGAGCCCAUUGAAAUGGCGGCAGAGCCUCCCUAUCCAAUUAUCCCCGCCUCGUCCUCUUCCCUCUCUCCCGUAUCCCAUCCCUCUCAGACCUGCUAAAUUCGGCGAUAAGGGUCAGAGCUUUGAUAAAUUCAGCGUUAGGUGCUCUUUCAUGGAUAAAAUUUUAACGAACUCAGAUAACAAUGCCCCAAGUUUGAGUUCGAGUUCAAAUUCCAAUCCCACAUCCGUUGCUAGCUUAAUAACAACUAAUCCUUUUGAAAUCAUUUAUAGUACGAUAAUAAAAGCUCUGAAAGUGCUUAAAAAGCCUGCGAUUGCAGCGAUUUUAGUGGGGCUUUUAUUGAUGUACGACCCUUCUUCUGCAUUUGCUGCCUCCGGUGGGAGAAUGGGUGGCAAGUCUUUUUCUGGGUCAUCUUCGUCAUCGUCUAGAAGCUAUUCAGUGCCUCGGACGUCCAGUGGUGGGUUUUCGUACUCGGUGCCGUACUAUGCGCCGUCGCCUUUUGGUGGUGGUGGCUUUUACUUUGGUCCCGCUGUGGGAGUCGGUGUAGGUGCUGGGUCUAGUUUAUUUUUUAUAUUGGCGGGUUUCGCGGCGUUUAUGUUGGUCUCAGGGUUCCUUUCCGACAGGAGUGAGGGUGGGGUUCUCACUGCCACUGCGAAAACAAGUGUUCUUAAACUUCAGGUUGGGUUGUUGGGUAUGGGGAGGUCUCUUCAGAGGGACCUCAAUAGGAUUGCAGAAAUUGCAGAUACGUCCUCGUCAGAGGGUCUGAGCUAUGUAUUGACUGAGGCAUCGCUAGCUUUGCUUCGGCAUCCUGAUUAUUGCAUAUCUGGUUAUUCAUAUGUGGAUGUGAAGCGAAGCAUCGAGGAUGGUGAAAAACGUUUCAAUCAACUUUCUAUUGAAGAAAGGGGGAAAUUUGAUGAAGAAACACUUGUUAAUGUGAACAACAUAAAAAAGCGAAGCACAUCUAGCCAAAGAGCUAAUGGAUUUAACAAUGAAUAUAUAGUGAUAACUAUCUUGGUGGCUGCUGAAGGAGUACAUAAAUUGCCAACCAUCAAUGGCAGCGGAGACUUGAAAGAAGCAUUGCAAAAACUCGGUUCCAUUCCCUCCAGCAAAAUACUUGCAGUUGAGGUGUUGUGGACCCCUCAAAAUGAAAAUGAUACACUAACAGAGAGGGAACUGCUGGAAGAUUAUCCACUUUUGAGGCCUCUAUAAAAAGUGCAUACUGUAUAGCAUUAACAUGGAUCUCCAUUUUUUUUUUUUUGAAAUUAAGGGGCUUUUUGUAUAGAAUAAAGAUUGUGUAUGAGAUUGCAUACUUAUCUCUUAUUGAAUAGAUGACAUUAUAUAGUGUUGAAUUGUUCAACUUAUAAAGAGCCAUGAUGAAUAUAUACGGCAUUGCAUUAGUUUUCUCA